UUGGCUGGAGCCAGUUGAGUGUACUUGCUGCUCAUCCUCUCUGAAUCAGAUUCAGAACAACAGGGAGACACAAAGAUGGAGAUAACUCACGCCGUCCACGGUUUAGUCAGGUGUGUGCUGUUUGUGCUGCUGUGGUUCCAGUGUGAGGCCAGAGACUCAGAGCUGAGCGGAGUCACCUGCGGCUCUCUGGUCAAACUGCUCAACACCAGACACAACGUCCGCCUGCACUCCCACGAUGUCAAAUACGGCUCAGGCAGUGGACAGCAGUCUGUCACCGGAGUGGAGAACGCGGACGACGCCAACAGUUACUGGCAGAUACGAGGAAAGCCCAACCGUCCAUGUCAGCGUGGCUCUGCCGUCAAGUGUGGUCAGGCUAUCCGCAUCACACACAUGAAGACCGGCCGAAACCUUCACACACACCACUUCAGCUCACCCCUGUCUAACAACCAGGAGGUCAGCGCGUUCGGAGAGCACGGCGAGGGCGAUGACCUGGAUGUGUGGACGGUGCAGUGCGACGGCGACCAUUGGGAGCGCGACGACACCGUUCGCUUUAAACACGUGGGCACCGACGUCUUCCUCAGUGUAACGGGGGAGCAGUACGGCCACCCAAUCCGCGGCCAGCGUGAGGUGCAUGGCAUGGCCUCGGCCAACCAGCACAACUGGUGGCGCGUCAUGGAAGGCGUCUUCAUCCAACCCAGCCAGGAGCCGCUGCGCCACGAUGAGCUCUGACAUCGCCAGGAGACGCAAAGCAUGGACAUGUGUGCACAGACUCUGGCCUCCUGUGGUGGUUUUAUAGCUCGCCUGGACAAAACGAUGUCAUGUGUGAAUGAUGCAGAAUAUUCAAUUGGUCACUCUCCCCCGUGAAGCACUCUGAGCCCUCUGAGAGAUAGCUGACAAAGUUUAGACCAUUAGUGAUACUGUAUGUAGGUUGGUAAAAGGGACAAUUUCAAAGGGAGAAUCAUUUUUGUAAAAAAAAAAAAAAAAAUCACGGUUUGAUGACCCAACUUUAGUCAAGCACCUACUAUGUGGCCCCUGACUCCCGGUGGGUCCUGAAAAGUCCCAAAUUCUCUGCGUAUGUUGAAAUAUAUCCAUCUACAGUAUCAUUUGAAAUGAGUCUAAUAAAACCUUUAUUUCAGUUGAUAUUUCUUCUUCAUGAUGCGUUUUCCUCUAUAAACUUAAACAUGACCACAAAGUAACAAGCCAAAAUGAUUAGUUCAGUCAUUUUAGUAAGUGGGCAGAAGAUUUUAUGAAUUGUUCUAGUAAAUUAUCAAGCAAAAAUGUGAGGAUUUUCUCUAUUUUAUACCUUUGUGAACUGAAUGUCUUUGGGUUUUGGAAUGUUGGUCAGACAAAAAACCUUCUUAAAGAGGUCAUUCCGUGUUUUUGUUUUUUUAUUAUUUUCAUUUUUCAAGCAUUUCCUGAUGUUUAUAGACUGAAAAAUUGAGUUUCCUGACUUAAUCUCUAGUUUAGGUCACAGCACUACAUUUCCCAUUAUGCAGCAUGACAACAUCCCUUCAUGAGAAACUCCCUGGCUGGUAAACAACCACAUAAUUAAAACUCUAGUAACAUAAGUUUAAUGUUAUUACUUUGUUAUCCAAGCCCAAGCUGACAAUAACCCUGCUGACAUCACUAUGACAUCAUAAGUUAUCUAUUUAUAGCUGUAUUGACAAACCUCCUACAGAGCAACAGAGGACAUUACACAAAAGGUUGUACAGGUUUAGAAGUACUUCACUUGACUCACGGUUUAUGUGAAACACGACAAUAUUUCACAAAAGGGUUGGACAACUAGUUGUUUGUGAUUGGACAGAACCGGCAUGUCUGCGUUUAGUAACAGGUGACAUUUAGUCUCUGUCCAUAACUUCCUGCGACCCUGUGUCUUCAUAUGGGAACAUAACAUUUUGGGUUUUCUGGACCUUACAUUUCAUUCUGCUUAACUUUGACCUGUUGAUCACGUUUGUACAGGCUUUUUUGUGCCACCUAGUGGUAGCAAGAGAACAAUACAGUGUAAAAAUCUCAUGGCAGCAUCUUGGUCAAGUCAAUCAACAGCUGAGCUCCUGACAAAAGUGGACCAGGUACAGAAUCUUAUCAAAUGUUAUGGUUGAAACUUGUUUAUUUAUGCUUAAUAAUGUUUGUAGUUUGCUGACUCAUUUUAGCAUAAAGGUGUGAGGGCAUUGGGACUUUUUUAUUGUUGGUGGAAAUGUAAGGAAAUAGUUUUAUACACUGGUGAAUUAAUUGUGUCAUACAGUAAAAUAAACUCAUUGUCCCCAUA